AUAACAACAGUAAUUUUAUUUCCAUUUAAUUUUUUUUUUCAGCAGCAAAAUAAUAUGGCUAAAAAUAUUGAACAUUUUAUAAUAGCCAGUCUGCUGUCAUUUUUAUUUUUUUCAAAUAGAAAAGUUUUCUGGGAACUUUUGUAUUCAAAGGAAGACAAAGCUAUAAACAUUAUCGAAAAUAAAAUUGGAAGUUCAGUAGCUCAUUUUUCAAAUGUUGGUGUUGGUGUAAAUGCCAACAUUGACCUAAUUGUGUCAGCCUUGCAAGUAUUUUCAAAUCUUCAGUUAGAAAGCCAUUUGGUUUCUAAAGAUCAUCCUUCAAUAUCAACAUUAGAAGAGUUGGAAGAAUGUUUUUAUUUUUAUUUUAAAAAAUGUGCAGCUGCUGAGCGUGUGGUUACAUCAAAGUCUUUGUUUGAUCAAAUUAUUCAAGCAGCGAAAAAAACCCCAAAUGCUCAGUAUGAUGUAGGAGGUAAUGCUGCGUUGAUUUCAUUGAAAUUAGCUGCAAUGGGUAAUAACACGAAAGUUUUACUAGGAGGUCCUGUUGGUCCAAAACUAGAAAGUUUGUUAGGUAAUAGAAUAAUUAUCCCUAGUUCUAUGAAGCAAGACCAUGAUGAAUAUCAUUUAAUUAUGGAGUACAAAAAGGGCGAUAUUUGGGGAGAUCACACAUCGUUGUGUGCAAAUCGAUUUAUAAUUACUCAUGACAAAGCAAACAGUGAAAUGCAAGCCAUGGAUAAGUUUUUUGAGUCAUUAAUCAGUUUUAAACCUGAUCUUAUAAUUGUGUCAGGGCUUCAUUUGUUAGAAUCACAACCUCCGAAUGUGAUUGAAAAAAAAUUAAAUGCGUUUCGCACUCAUCUACAAAAUGUUCCUUCGACAACUCCUAUACAUUUAGAAUUAGCUAGCAUGACCUCAGUGCAGCUUACAAAAGAUAUAGCUAAUCAAAUAUUUCCUGUUGUUGAUUCGAUUGGUUUAAACGAACAAGAGUUAGCGUUUUUGUCAACUUCUUUAAAUGGUCCUGGUUCUCCAAACGAGCUAGCACAAUGGCCGCCAGAAAUAGGGUUGAUGGCUGAUAUCAUUGAUUGGUUGUUCCAAUUUUAUGGAAGAAACACGCGCUACGGUUCGGACAGUUCACGAUUAACAAGAAUUCAUUUUCAUUGCUUAACAUAUCAUUUAAUGGCUGUUUUUCCGGAGUACUGGAACAAUAGUUUGGCAGCGACUGUUGCUGGAUCUCGAACUGCGUCUACUCAAGCUUGCGAUAAAGAAAAACUAAUUUCUUUUGACGUUGAAUUGCGUAUUCCUAAAGUAUUUGCUCGAUCAGUUCAUUUUUGGGAGCUAAGGAGAUAUCUUGUUAAACAAGAGGAAGGAAACCCUGUGACGUCUUGGUCACAUAACGGAGUAGACUAUAAUUUUUGCGCUGUUCUUGUUUGUAAAGAGGCUAAGAAAACUGUUGGUUUAGGAGACAGUAUUUCUGCUGUUGGUUUGCAAUACUCUGAUUUCAUUUAUAACUAGUAUCAAAUCUCUUAAAAUAGAAUAUGCAAAUAAAAAACAAUUAGGUGAACUUUUUUUUUGUAUUGUUUUAUUUAUUUUAUAAAUUUAUUCUACGUA